UUCGGUUGAUCUUCAUUUCUAGUCCCCACUAUUUCCUUUUUCUUCGUUGGGUUCCAUUUAUCCAUGGUUGAAUCAAUUAAGAUUAGGGAAAGAAGGUAAAAAAAUCUGUAGCAACAAUGGGGAUGGGAAAGGCCAAGAUCAAAAUUCGAACUCAAAGAAUAAAAAGCUUCAAAUGUUCAAAAUUUGAAGAGUAGGGUUCAAUAAAUCAAACCCCACUUUUCAGUUCAUCAUUUCAUUGUUGGAUUAACUAAACGAAAUGAAGAAAAACAAAAACCAAUUUUAUGACAUAGCCAAUCACCACCAUUCAUACUUGCAGAGGCCUCGUUCCACACGAAGAAUGCUAAUCAUGAUGUUCCAAAUGAAGAGCUCCAAGAUGAGCAAUCAACCAAUUCCUCAUCCGAGGAGGAACAAUCUGAAUCCAAGGCGUAGUUCGUCAACGGUAAGGAAAUCGGCUUCUUCUUCUGAGAACGGCAUCAGUAAUGGAACCCAAACGAGGCCGUCAUCUCCUCUCCAAUCGUCUGCUAUUGGAGAGAGGACGGUGAAGAAGUUGAGAUUGUCCAAGUCACUCACAAUUCCUGAUGGAACGACUGUUUCUGAUGCCUGUCGCCGGAUGACGUCUCGCCGUGUUGUUGCAGCUUUGCUUACUGAUGCUAAUGGUUUACUAUCUGGAAUCAUUACUGACAAGGACAUUUCCAAUAGAGUUGUAGCGGAAGGGUUGAAGCCACAGCAGACGAUUGUUUCAACAAUUAUGACGAGGAAUCCAGUUUUUGUUCCGACAGAUUCAUCAGCCAUUGAGGCUUUGCAGAAGAUGGUUCAGGGGAAGUUUAGGCACCUCCCUGUCGUUGAAAAUGGUGAAGUUAUUGCUUUGUUGGAUAUUACAAAGUGCCUCUAUGAUGCUAUAUCUAAAAUGGAAAAGGCUGCAGAGCAAGGAAGUGCCAUUGUAGCUGCUGUGGAAGGGGUGGAGCAUCAGUGGGGAAGCACUUCUCCAGCGCCAUAUGCCUUCAUAGAAACUCUCAGAAAGCGGAUGUUUAAGCCUUCCUUGUCAACAACCAUCCCUGAAAAUUCCAAGGUUGCAAUAGUAUCUCCUUCAGAUACUGUCUAUGUUGCAACAAAAAAGAUGCGAGAGUUGCAAAUUAGUUCAGUGAUUAUUGCAACUGGAAACAAACCUCAGGGGAUACUUACUUCGAAAGAUGUGCUUAUGCGAGUUGUGGCUCAAAAUCUUUCCCCCGAGCUGACUCUUGUCGAAAAGGUAAUGACGCCUAACCCAGAAUGUGCAAAAUUGGAGACAACAAUCCUUGAAGCAUUGCAUAUAAUGCAUGAUGGGAAGUUUUUACAUCUUCCUGUUGUAGAUAAAGGUGGAUCCAUUACUGCUUGCGUGGAUGUCCUCCAGAUAACUCAUGCAGCAAUUUCUAUGGUUGAGGGUAGCUCCGGAGGUGUCAAUGAUAUGGCAAACACAAUGAUUCAAAACUUCUGGGAGUCUGCACUUCCCUCGGAGCCACCAGAUAAUGAGUGUGACAUCCACAGUGAAAUGUCUGCACUAAUGGCAUCGGAGUGUACAGAUGCUAGCAAUUUUAUGCAUCGACCACUUGGACUAGGGAAUUCUUUUACCUUUAAGUUUCAGGAUCGUAAGGGCCGUGUGCAUAGAUUUAAUUGUGGUACUGAACAUUUGGAUGAACUUGUGUCUGCUGUCAUGCAGAGGAUAGGGAGUGACAACGUUCAGAAUCGUCCUCAGUUUUUUUAUGAAGAUGAUGAAGGGGACAAAGUACUACUUGCGACUGAUAGUGACCUUAUUGGGGCUGUUAGUCUUGCCAGACAAGGCGGGUUAAAGGUCCUAAGGUUGCAUCUUGAUUUUUCUGAUUCAAGCAAGCCGGUAUCAUCUUCAAUGGACUUGACCACAAUUCAGAAAACUAGUGGUCUCUCUCUCCAGUCAGGGCUUUUGGCUGGUUCGGCUGCAUUGGCAGGCAUCGGUUUAUUGACAUACUUAAAUCGCUCAAGCUAGUAAUGUUGGUGUAUAGUUGGCUUGAAGUUAUCCACUCUGUAGUGAUUCAUAGAAGAGCUAUUAGAAGAUCCAUCUGAGUCAAAUAUAAUACUCAAGGUAUUUCUCUGGAUUGCCAAGCAGGGUGUUGCUCUUUUUGAUUAUCUUUGUUCUUUGGGGGC